AUGAAAUCAUUCACACUCGCCAUCAUCUCAACGCUCGCGGUCCUGGCAGCGACCGCGCCCACCGCGCCCGCCGCGCCCCGAGCCGCGCCUGCAUGCAAUCUCUUCUGUCCUGAAGGAAUGCGAUGUGUCUCCUUUCCAUCCGACGGCGUUAGCAUCGAGAUGUGCUACAAACCACUUCACUGCGGCGGCAGUUACCAUAUCGAGUGCAUCGACGGCGAAGUCUGCAUCGACGAUGCGGGGACCGAGUGCGACCCCAACAGCGACACCAACUGCACCGGCACAUGCAAGCCACAGCCAAGCUGA